AUGAACAACAAGCCGAUAAACACGUUAACUGGUAGUAUAGAUCAGAACUAUGCUCAGUCAAAGUUUCAGGAUGACGUGCAGACGCCCCUGAACGAAACGACUUACAAAACCCACUUUAUGCCUUUCAAGUAUGCAGACGGCGGCGACCGUCUUGCUGCUAUCUCGGGAGAUCCAAGUCGUGAAAAUGGCUUUACUAGAGGCAACAGGGGACGACCUCAAUAUGAAGAAAACGCAGAGGUGGGUAAAACUAAUCCAUAUCUUUGUUCAGUGCUUUAA